AUGGUCGUCGAGGCGCGAGGGAAGGCGACGGGGCGCGAGGGCGACGCGCCUCGGACGCGCGAACGAGCGCGGAAGGGCUCGCGGAUGGUCAUCGCGCGCGCCGCGGGCGAAGGCGUGAAGGUGGAGUCGGUGAAAAAACCGCGAUUGCCCGCGCUGGACAGCGUGCGGUUCUUUUUGAUCACGUACAUCUCGGUCGGGCACUUUAUCGCGUGCGCGACGAAGAACGCGCUCGCGCUCGCGGCGUUUUCGCAAGUCAACGUCGUCGUCGGAGCGUUUUUCGUGCUCAGUGGGUACGUCGCGGCGUACACGACGACGGAGCUGGGCAAGUACGAAGCGCAGACGGGGCGAUUACGCCCGACUCCAAAGUAUUUCGUCAGUCGCGUGAUGGGGUUUUAUCCGCUGUACUUUGUCGUCAACUGCGUCUUCGCGCCGAUGUUUUUUUAUGCGGAUUCGUUUUACAACGGGCCGUUGACGGCCGCUGUGCACGGUUUCAUGACGUUUACUCUCACCCAAGCGUGGUUCCCCAUGCACGCCGAGCUUUGGAACGCGCCGACGUGGUUUUUGAGCGCGUUCACGUUUGCCUUGGCGGCGAUGCCGUUCGCGUUGCCGAGCGUGGCGCGCUUCAAGCGCGAGCACUUGCAUUCGGUGUUCAAGGUGCUGAUAAUCGUGUCUCUCUUGGCGAAGAUCGCGUACUCCUACGAUCUCAACGCAUGGGGCUUCAUGGAAGGCAUGAUGUCCGCGAAGACGCACCCAAACUGGCUGUACUUUAACUCGGUGCGAUUUUCACCCUUCAACGCUUUGAUCGACGUCUUACUCGGCGCCGUCGCCGCGCGAACCGUCAUGGUGGACAGCGCCGAGGGCGAGUCCGUGCCGAAGCAAAACAAACUUUUGGCGUGCUCGGCGACGCCGUUGGUGGCCAUGGUGGCGUUUCUAGCCGCUCGCGCGCUCGGCGUCGUCGCAGUCAACGACGCGUUAUCGAGGACAAUUUUCACCGUUUUGUUCUCCGCGUUCGCCGUCAACGUACACCGAGAGACGGUGCGCGAGGGCGGUGAGGGGUCUUUGGUCUCGAAGAUUCUUUCGCUAAAACCUUUGGUGUACCUCGGAACGAUUUCGUUCCCGAUUUACAUCUUACACGGUCCCAUCGGUCAGGUGUUUUACAAGCGCGUCGUGGCGACGAAACUCUUCGGCAAGGUUUUCACCCAGUACCCGCAAUUUUUCCCAAUCUACCUCCUCAUCGUUCUCGUCGCCGCCAUGCUGACGCACGAGUUUUUCAUUAAGAAUAAAAAAGUGCAAGAGCUCAGUAAAGCGGUGAGCGACAAAGCCACGGCGGCGUUGACGGAUUAA